AUGGAGCCGUCGUUGAAUUCCAAUCCGAUGAAUAACGCGUCGCAAGGAGAGCAACAAAAUACUACUCCGCAAAGGACGACGGGAACGACGAUAUCCCCGACGCCGUCGUCGUCGUCGUCGUCGAAUACUACUAUUAAUUCGUACGGGGCGGCAGCAGCGGUUUCAUCAAACGCGACGACGAGAAAAGGACCACCGAACAACAAGAGCAACUUCAUGGAACAAAACACGGAAGGGCGAAUAACGCACGUGGAGAUUAAGAAACCGACGACGCCGACGAUUUCGCAGCACGUAAAGAAACCGUCGACGCCGAAGAAAACACCUUCUUCCACGACGACAUUCAACGCGACAGGAGGAGGAGGUUUAGAUCAAAAAUGGGUCGCCCCGGAUGAAGGCGCGUUUACGAACAUAUUCGCCUCCAACGCGUGCAGAUUACUGAAAGCAUUCGGGUCGGUUAUGGUAUUAAUCGUGCUCGGGAUCAUCGGGUUGACGUAUUACGCCACGGUUGCGUUAGUGUACGGACCGUUGAGUGAAGAAGGGACGGAAGACGAGAAGAAGGUGGCGAAGACGGUUUUGGUGACGUAUCAUUUGAUGAUCUUUAUGAUUUUAUGGUCCUAUUUCGCCAUCGUGUUGGCGGAACCCGGAAGCGUGCCGGAGAGGUGGGAACCUCCCGAAGAAGAUGAAGAGAUAGCUGCGAAUAUUCCAAAAAGUGAAAGCAAACGACGAGUGUGUAAGAAAUGCAUCGCGUGGAAACCGGAGAGGACCCAUCACUGCUCGGUGUGCCAGAGAUGCGUGUUGAGGAUGGACCACCACUGCGUGUGGGUGGCCAACUGCGUCGGCGCGAGAAACUACAAAUUUUUCUUACAAUUUUUAGCAUACACGUUCAUAGGAACAACUUUCGACGCGAUAUGUUUGCUGAGCGAUUUCGUGCAGUUUUUCAAAGACGUGGAAGAUAGCGAACAACCCGGGAGCGACACGUCGCCGCAAGAGAGAGACGAGUUGAGGCAACACGGCGGCGCCAUGACGCUCGUCUUUGUCGCGUUUGUCAUGAACGUCGCGUUCGCGGCGUCUCUUUUAGGCUUCAUCGUAAUGCACGGAAACUUAGUCUUAGCCAACAUGACGACGAUUGAAAUGUACGAGAAGAAGAAAACGUUGCCGUGGAAGUACGACAAAGGACGGUGGGGAAAUUUUAAGGAGAUUUUCGGCGAUAACGUUUUUAGCUGGUUGUUGCCGUUUCACACGAAACGAGCGAGCGAGAAAAUCGAUCGAAACGCCGGGUUGACCGAAGGUCACAUCGCAUUAAAGGGCGAAUAUUGUCGCCCGAUAGUUCAUUAG